CAGACCCGGGCCCCUUAAGGGCCUCCCAUGAGCUAUAUAGGGUCCACCUGCAGGGGCUGAGGCAGGUUUUAGCAGCCCCUGCAGGAGACCGAAGAUGCAAGAGGUCGUUGCUGGGCUGGAGCAGUUGAACUUCACCUUCGAGAAGGAUGUAGAGAUGCAGAAGGGCACUGGCCUCCUGCCCUUCCAGGGGAUGGACAAAUUGGGCUCGGCUGUGUGCAACUUCUUCGCUAAAGGGCUCUGUGACAAAGGGAAGCUCUGCCCGUUCCGGCACAACCAGGGGGAGAAGAUGGUGGUGUGUAAACACUGGCUCCGUGGCCUGUGUAAGAAGGGCGACCAGUGCGGUUUCCUGCACCAGUACGAUGUCACCAGGAUGCCCAAGUGCUACUUCUACUCCAAGUUCGGUGAUUGCAACAAGAAGGAAUGUUCCUUUCUCCACGUGAAGCCAGCUUUCCAGACCCGGGACUGUCCUUGGUAUGACCAAGGUUUCUGCAAGGAUGCAGGUCCCCUCUGUAAACACCGCCAUGUUCCUAAGACAAUGUGUGUUAACUACUUAGUGGGCUUCUGCCCCGAGGGCCCCCACUGCCAAUUUGCACAUCCCAAGAUGAAUCUUUUAUUCAACUCGAGCUACACGAAGCUUGUCCACGGGCCACGGCGUUCAGCACCUCCUGCUUCCACCUGGGAGCGUCACAAGCCCCCUUCCACGACCACGGAGUGCCGGCUUCUCCACCCUCUGAGGCAGCCCCAGGAGCCCCUGCUCUCCUGCCGCUCGGGGCUCAGGGCACCGGAGCAGGGCCCAUGCUACACGUGUCGUAACAUGGGCCGUUAUGCCAGCCAGAGCAGUAUGACUCCAACAGGUAGGAGUUAUCAAAAAGUAACCCCAGGUCGGUGGGCUAACUGACGACUAUCCAGCGAAGAAACCCAACGGCCACUCUGUGGGAUCCUCUGGUCCCCAUGCCCAGGGCGCCCUCGUGUUGGCCCCCACUGGGCUGGAGACGCGGAAUUAGUGGCCUGGUGCACGGGGGCUUGUUCCCUCUAAUCCUGUAAGGGAGCCGCUGGUAGAAAUACACCAGGACUG